UUCUCCCAGGCCACAGUAUAAGGAGUAGCGGCAGGGAGGAGGACUCUGGGAAGGCAGGGGAGUCUGGGAAAGGAGAGAGAAGGCUGCAGACUUAGAGGGACAGAGAGUAAGUCAGGAGAAAGCGCACAAAGGAGGGCACACUCAGACACGGAGGGGGAGGAAGAGCAAAGAGAAGAAAACUCGGGUGGGAAGGAGACAGGAGGGAGAGGAGUGAGGGAGAGAUGAAGUCACAGGUCUCCCUGGCCUGUCUCCUCCUGGCCCUGUGCCUGGGCAGUGGGGAGGCUGGCCCACUGCUGCAAGGAGAGGGGAGCGCUGGAGCAGGUGCUGGGGAGGCCGUGGGACAUGGGGUGGGAGAGGCCAUUGGACAGGGGGUGGGAGAGGCCAUUAGCCAUGGAGUUGAAGAGGCUGUUGGCCAAGGGGCUGGAGAGGCAGACCGCUCUGCAACCAGGGAGGUCAUGGCCCAUGGCAUGGGGGAGGCAUCCCAUGUCCUUGGAAACACUGGGAGUGAGGCUGGCAGACAGGUUGAGAACAUCGUUCGACAUGGAGGAGAUGGCAUCCACAGCUCCUGGCAGGGGAUGCCUGGCAGCAACGGUGCUUGGGGAACUAACGGCCAGCCUCCAACUGGAGGCCAUGGCAUCUUUGGCUCCGAGGGUGGCUCUGGAGGCCACAGCCAGGGCAAUCCUGGAGGUGCGGGGACUCCCUGGGGCCAGGGACACCCUGGAGGUUCAGAUGGCAGCUUUGGAACCCACUCUCAGGGAGGCUCCUGGGGCCAAGGAGGCAAUGGAGGGCCUUUCAGCUCGGGCACCAACGCUCAGGGGACUGUGGUCCAUCCUGGUUACGGCUCAGUGAGAGGCAGCAACUCACGUACGGAGUGCACCAACGCCCCGCCAUCCAGCUCAGGCGGAAGCUCUGGCGGCCCCGGGGGAGGCGGCAGUGGCAGCGGCAGCAGUGGCAGCGGCGGUGGCAGUGGUGGCAGCGGCAGCGGUGGCAGUGGCGGUGGUGGCAGUGGUGGCAGCAGUGGCAGCAGUGGUGGCAGUGGCAGCGGCAGCAGUGGCAGCGGCGGUGGCAGUGGUGGCAGCGGCAGCGGUGGCAGCGGCAGCGGUGGCAGUGAUGGCAACAGUGGCAGCAGUGGUGGCAGUGGUGGCAGUGGCAAUGGCGGCAGCGGCGGCAGUAGAGGCGGUGGCAGCAGUUAUGGGCCCAGCUGGGACCGUCCCUUAGAAAAUUCUAGGAAUUUUGAUCAAAGCGGCUACUCAGGCUCCCAGGGACACAAUACCGGCUCUUCCUGGAGUAGCAGUGGCCGCGGAAGUGGCAGCGGAAGUGGUGGUGGAAAUAAACCCGGGUGUGACAGCCCCGGGAAUGAAGUCCGCAUAUCCGGAGGAUCUGGGGGUCAGGGCUUCGGAGGAGGACAGGGAGGCUCCAGCGGCUAUGGUGACAUCAGGGAAAUAAGCAAAGAGGGCAGUCGCCUAGUUGGGGGCCCCCAAGACAAUUAUCAGUGGCAAGGGUCCAGUGGAAGAGGUGAAGCUGUCAGUGGGAUCAAGACCUUGAACUCUCAGACGUCUCCUGGGCUCUUCAACUUUGACACUUUCUGGAAGAAUUUUAAGUCCAAGCUGGGUUUCAUUAACUGGGAUGCCAUAAACAAGGGCCAAGUGCCACGCCCCAGCACACGUGCCCUGCUGUACUUCAGCCGACUCUGGGAGGAUUUCAAACACAGCACCCCUUUCCUGAACUGGAAAGCCAUUAUUGAGGGUGCCGAUGCGUCCUCGCUCCAGAAAAGGUCAGGCAGUGCUGGUCAGUCUGCCUCAGGAUGGCAAGAGGUGGCUGCUGUGACUUCUAAGAACACCUAUAACCAGCAGGCAUACCCUACUCCCUCUGGUGGGCAGUACUCAGCCAAGAUCCCCUCUAAGGGGGGUGCCACGCCUUCUUCCUCGGCUUCCCGGGUGCGCCCUGGCCUGCUGCAGUGGGUGAAGUUCUGGUAGAAAAUUACUUCCAAUCAUGAUGAGGCCCUGAACAUCAGCUGUCAGGGAGCCCGACUGUACCCUGCCCCCAACUUUCUCCCUGUGUCAGGCUUGGUCUGGGUGCUGACACCUGCUUUUUCCAGGUUGGGGACCUGGUCUGUCUGUCCCUGUUUCUUCCAAAUGCACUGUGGGGUCUCCUUGUCCAGCAACCUCAUAGGAUAAACCCGCCACUUUCUUCACCUACUUGGUUUUGUGACCUGAAGUCACCAUGACAAUUCUUCAGAAGAAGCUUCCUACUUUUGAGUUUCUUUGUGGAAAUAAAACAUGAAUCUUGUUUCCUUAA